AUGGACAACUUUCCUGACGGGGUCUCUGCGCCAGACCUUACUACAUUGUCAUAUGAUGAAACUGUUCCCUAUGAAUCACAACUACCCACUCAUCCAUCCAAUGACCCAGAGCGAGCUACAUUGCUCAACCGCAUAGGGAACACCAAAGUGUACCUUCUCUCUGACACUGCCCAGGCAAGAAUUGCCAAGCGCAAGCGCACAGAGGAGGAUGACGACGACGACGACGUUGAUAUGGAAGAAGAUACCGCUAUGACUUUGAGAGCAAAUGCUUUGUUACUCACUGGUACUCCCAUUUCCCACCUGCCCACUGCCCGCAUCUUUGCAUACGCCACCCAUUUUGACACACACCCUAUGGGCCUAGAAUGGCUCAACGACAAUAGCUGCAUCCUUGUUUACGAAUCAACCGCCUCUGCACGUACCGCACAUCGGUACCUACAAAAAUCUGCUACAGAGGAUAUGGAUGCAGACGGCUUCAUCACGGCAAAACCCAUUCCAAUCACUCUAUGGCCGCCAGAAGAGCGAAUAUCCAAGAGCCUGGGUAAAGGUCAAGGGCUGAAAGGUGUCAUACGCAUGCGUUGGGCUAAGGACGAUGAUGUGAAGAAGAAGGGUGCAAAGAAGGAGAGCAAGUUCUAUAAGAAAUAUGGAGAAACCGCCGGAAAAGAGGGUGAGGGAGGGGAAACGUCGCAGAAGAAAAGAAGGAGAGAUGAUCCAACAGUAUUGAGCCAGGCGGACGAUGAUCUUGAUGCGUUUCUUGAAGCUGGUAAACCGUCCAAAAUGCGUUCCGACAAUAUGGGCGCUCUACGCAAAACUGCGGAGCACACGCCUUCUGCGCACAGUUCCUCCUCAGACCUUAAAAAUCGCAUUGCUGCACCGUUGCCGCGCCGCGCAAAUGGUCAGCUUGCAGACCGACUGGCUGACCGGCAAAUUGACACUGAAGAAGAUUGGCGUAGAGCGAGGGGUCGAGGGAGGAGAAUCCCACGCACACAAAAGACGCAUCAAGAUCUUGAUGAUGAGCUGGACGCUUUCUUGAAUGAGAAGGACUAA